AAUUGAAAUUGCCAUAAAAACUUGUAUGGAUUUUAGAUGUAGUAUUCCAACCGAGACACGUCAUGUCAAAGAAAUUGCAACAUCUUUAUUAGUUCCACGUCAAGGACUUAGAUAUACAAAUCAACCAUCAUCUGAUCAAUAUGAAAGUGAAUGCUCACAUACUAUUAAUCUAUUUGUUCCGCGUAACGUUCAACCAACUUAUUCCGGUCGUUAUAUCAGCAUUAAUCAUCAACUUUGUAUAAAGUUUUGUUUAUGGGGAGCUGAUAGUGAUUUUCAAGUAGAAGAAGCUCAUUCCAAUGUUUCACCAACUUUUCAACGAGCUAAAUCACCUGAAGAAGAUGCAGCAGAAAUUUAUGCAGACACUUAUAUCUCAGAUGACCGUGAAAUUGGAACAGCAGUAUAUUUAAAUCCAAGUGAUCGUGAUCACAUCGAUAGAAGUUCUAAUUAUUCCGGUCAUUCUAGUCGUCCAUCUCAAAAUUCAUUAAAAAUCAUUACCGAUACGGAUCCUCAAUAUAUACCAUCAUCAUACCCUAAAAUGUCUAAUGAGCCAGUACGUCAUAAAGGACCUAAUAACAACUCAACAAAUGGUGAAUUAGGACAUCAUAAAGUUUUAUAUAAUUCUUCAUCAGCGGAUGACUUGAAUCAUUCCAAAGCACCUUAUACUUCAGUGACUAAUAAUAUAAUUCAUAAUUAUACUCCAAGUGAUGAUCAACUUUAUUCCUAUGGAUUUGAUGAUGAGGAUGGCUCAACUUUAGGCCGUGAUGAUUUAUUACUUCAACAGAAAAUGCAAC